AUGCGAACACUACACAGAAAAAUGACAUCUUCCUCAGCACCAUUGUUGUACCUCUACCUACUGCUGGUGCCGUGCCUUCUUCUCUUGGAAGAAGCACAUGCGUCACACCAUGGAGGGAUCUCGCUGAGGUCUCAACAUAUGGCCCUCCUUCACUGGAAAGCUACAAUCGCAAGCCCACCGCUGCAGAUGAGCUCUUGGCAGGAAAACACCGGCCCAUGCAACUGGACGGGCAUCAUGUGCACGCUUGUUCGCCAUGGCAGCCGCAUGCCCUGGAUGGUGACUAACAUCUCCCUGCCGGAUGCUGGCAUCCGUGGCCAGCUUGGUGAGCUCAACUUCUCAGCUCUUCCAUUCCUCGCAUCUAUUGAUCUUCAAAACAACAGUAUCCAUGGUGCACUGCCCGCUAGUAUCUGCUCCCUGUCAGCACUUUCGAUACUUGACCUUACCUACAAUCAGCUCACAGGAAAAAUUCCCUAUGAGAUUGGUAACCUGCAAAGUCUCAGCUAUCUUGGUCUCUCAUUUAACAGACUCACAGGACAUAUCCCUGUGUCUCUGGGUAACCUAACAAUGUUAAUUGAAGUUGUCAUUCACCAAACCAUGGUAUCAGGUAGCAUUCCUGAGGAGAUUGGAAGACUUCUCAACCUACAAAUUCUACAGCUAAGCAAUAGCACCAUAAGCGGCAUGAUACCAAAAAUCAUUGGAAAUAUGACCCAACUGAAUGUUUUGGACCUGUAUAGUAAUCAACUUUCAGGGCCUAUACCCCAAGAACUAGGCACCCUAGUCCAUCUACAAAGUCUUGAUCUUAGUUCAAAUGAUUUUUCAGGUCCAAUUCCAAUCUCCAUAAGCAAUCUCACUAAGAUGAACCAACUUUUUCUCUAUGAAAAUCAAAUCACAGGUCUAAUACCACCAGAACUAGGCAACCUCGCCAUGCUAAGCCAACUUGCUCUCUGCACAAAUCAAAUAACGGGUUCAAUACCCCCAGAACUAGGCAACCUCACUAUGCUCAAUGAACUUUAUCUCUAUGAAAAUCAAAUCAUAGGUCCAAUACCUUCAGAAUUAGGCUUCUUGCAGAAUCUCCAAGAUUUAGACUUCUCCAAUAACCUAAUAUAUGGCUCUAUUCCUGGUAGCUUAGGAAAUAUUACCAAGCUAGUAGUACUACACCUCUUUACAAAUAAGAUAACCGGUUCCAUUCCCCAGGAAAUUGGCAACCUGAUAAACCUCAAAUAUUUAGCCUUGUUUCAAAACCAAAUUUCGGGAUCAAUACCAAAAACUUUUGGCAAGUUGCAAAGCAUCCAAAACAUGUUAAUGUUUAGCAACAAAUUAUCAGGUUCUCUUCCUCAAGAAUUUGGAAAUCUCGUAAGCCUUGUUCACCUUGAGGUGGCAAACAACUCACUUUCAGGACAUUUACCUGCAAAUAUAUGUUCAAGUGGAGGACUAAAAUCUCUCGCUAUCGCUUCUAAUAUGUUCAAUGGCCCAAUUCCAAGGAGUUUAAAGACAUGUACAAGUUUGGUUAAAAUUGACCUUCAGUCGAACAAACUAACAGGAGAUAUAUCUCAUCAUUUUGGUGUGUAUCCACAACUCAUAUGGAUGGGCUUGUCAACGAAUAGACUCUCUGGGCAGAUCUCAUCAAGUCUAUGUGCAUGUACCCAACUAACGAUACUACAUCUAGGAAAUAAUAUGAUCACAGGUUCCAUACCUCCAAUCCUUUCUAAAUUGUCCAACCUAGUAGCACUAACACUCAAUUCUAAUCAUCUCAGCGGCGAGAUUCCUCCAGAAAUCUGUACUUUAGCAAAUCUAUAUAGCCUCAACUUAUCAUCGAACCAGUUAUUUGGAUCCAUACCUACACAGAUAGAAAAGCUAAGCAAUAUAGGAUACCUUGAUAUAUCUGGGAACAGACUAAGUGGAUCAAUACCUGAGGAACUAGGGGCAUGCAAGAAACUACAGUCCUUGAAGAUCGGCAACAACCAAUUCAACGGGAGUUUGCCUGGUGCGGUUGGAAAUUUAGCAGGCCUGCAAAUCAUGUUAGAUGUGAGCAACAAUAACCUCAGUGGUGUUUUGCCGCAGCAACUUGGGAAGUUGGAGAUGCUGGAAUCUCUCAAUUUAUCACAUAAUCAGUUCAGUGGAAGCAUUCCAUCCUCCAUUGCAAACAUGCUGAGCCUUUCAACACUUGAUGUGUCCUACAAUGACUUGGAAGGACCAGUCCCAACAGCACGGCUACUCCAAAAUGCUUCAGCAAGUUGGUUUCUUCCCAAUAAAGGUCUCUGUGGUAACCUCUCUGGCUUGCCACCUUGUUAUUCAACCCAAGUAGCUGCUCACCAAAAAGGGAAGAUACUUGGUUUGCUUUUGUCCAUUGCUCUUGUGAUGGGUUUCGGCAUUGUUGCUGCAAUUGUUGCCAUAAUAAUACUUACUCGUAAGAAGAGAAAUCCACAAGAAAGUGUUACCUCUGAAGCAAGGGACCUAUUCUCUGUUUGGAAUUUUGACGGAAGACUGGUAUUUGACGAUAUUGUAAGGGCAACAGAAGACUUUGAUGAUAAGUACAACAUUGGAACCGGAGGAUACGGCAAAGUCUACAAGGCACAACUCCAAGACGGGCAGCUGGUUGCUGUGAAGAAGCUUCAUCAGACCGAAGAAGAGUUGGAUGAUGAAAGAAGAUUUCGUAGUGAAAUGGAAAUCUUAACACAGAUCCGACAACGAAGCAUUGUCAAAAUGUAUGGAUUCUGCUCCCAUCCAGCAUAUAAAUUUCUCGUCUACGACUACAUUCAGCAGGGAAGCCUCCAUGGAAUAUUGGAAAAUGAGGAGCUAUCAAAGGAAUUAGAUUGGAAGAAGAGAAUUGCCCUGGCAACUGAUGUGGCUCAAGCAAUAUCUUAUUUGCACGAUGAAUGCAGUCCACCUAUAAUCCAUCGAGAUAUCACAAGCAACAACAUCUUACUUGAUACAUCCUUCAAGGCUUUUGUCUCGGAUUUCGGCACGGCAAGGAUUCUUAAGCCCGAUUCGUCAAACUGGAGUGCACUAGCAGGAACCUUUGGCUACAUAGCUCCUGAACUGUCGUACACAUCUGUUGCGACAGAGAAAUGUGAUGUCUAUAGCUUUGGGGUGGUUGUGUUAGAGCUAGUGAUGGGCAAGCAUCCAAGGAAUCUAUUAGAUGGUAGUCUUUCUAACGGCGAACAAUCAAUGAUGGUGAAAGAUAUUCUGGACCAACGGCCGACAACACCAAUAACAACAGAAGAGAAUAACUUAGCUCUGCUCAUCAAGUUGGCCUUAUCUUGUUUGGAAUCUUCUCCCCAAGCAAGGCCAACCAUGCAGGAGGUAUACCAAACACUCAUCCAGCGACCAUCUUCUAGUUCUUGUUCUGUGCCUUUCAGCGCGCUUAUAUUACAGCAAGGGAUGCAUGCUGAUAUAAGGUCUGAAUCCUAG